AUUAUCAUCCAUAAUCUCAGAAGAAUUUAGUUUCUAAAAUCGUUCAAGAUCGCACGAUCUCACGAUCUCACGAUUAUGUGCGCGAUCUUCGAUCGCUUCUUCGAGACCCACGAUUUUUGUCCGAUCCAGAUCGUUGAAGCCCUUUAACAUCGUAAAAUCGUGCGAUCUUAGGAUUUAGAUCGCGAUUUUAACAACCUUGGCUAUAAUAUUAGCCCAGGUCAUUUGCACAGGGAAUAAUCCAAAAGAAAUGUGAUGCACAACAUAUUAAUCCCAAAACUUGAACUCAUUUUAAGUACAGAAAUUCAUAGUUUCAACACAUGUUUUUCCUGGUUCAUCUUAUUUCUCUAUGUUAUAGCUUCAUCUGUGGUACCUUAAUUUCUUGUGUAAUUACUUGUGUAUGUUCUAUCUAACUUGUUUGUGUCCUUAUUUGUUUGACAGUCUAGACUUAAAAUUAAGAAUAAUACUUACCACACACACUUGUUCAAAAUUCUAGACUUGACAAAAUUCUUCAAGGAUCUCCAAGUUUGCCCAGCAUAUCUGCACCUUCUUUCUCGUUCCCUUUUGGUCCAAAUAAAAGGAAAAAUACAGAAAAUGGCUAGUUUAGUUGUAGGGUUCAAAUACUUCCGGCCAAAAAGGGGAAGUGGAUACCAGAUUCCAGAGCUCCCAGGGGGUGAGAAUCCUUAUAUCUCUGAUAGAAGUGAGACAGCCUCAAUGGUUUUGGACUUGGGAAUGGAUGGAGAAAUCAAAGAGGAAAGAAUAGUCUUUGAUAAGGCACUGAUAGCUUAACUUGUUGUUUAUGGCUUUUUGUCAAGUUUUCAACUUAAAAAAUUUAUUACUACUCAUUUAUAGAUGCUAUACCAGUAUUGUGAUCAAUAGUGAUUUGAUCAAAAUGUUAUUUAGCUUGUUAUUGAAUGAUUUGAACAUGGUAAGAUUUAAUCUCUUUCUGCCGACAAUUUUUUUAUGUAUUUUUAACACAUCAAAACAUCAUUUUACGCUUCAGUGCAUAUUUACAUGUCCUGUUGAACAUGGAUCAAUAUUCCCAUUUCAUAUCUGAAGCAUUUCUUAUGAUCCAGAUACUGACCCUACAGAUAUUCUUUACCAUUAUUUGAAUCUACAGAUAAAACUAAGUUUUAAAGAAACUAAUACAUCCUAAGUUUUUUACUAGCAUUUCUAAAGAGAAUUUUUUAUUAUAUGCUUUGAAUUCAUUUCAAUAAAAUAUUAUUAGUGCAAUGUUUAUGUGGAGGUGAGACAAUCUAACAGUUCUGUACUAGUCAUGGAUGGAGUAUUUUGAGAAAGAAGUAAGAUCGGCCUUGGGCCUUGGAUAAGGCCCCUGAUAAGGCCAAAGGAUUGAACCUUUAAUUGUAUCUACUGGUGAAGUAGAAUCCGAGAGGAGUGGUAAUGUAUUUUUACUAUGCCUUUUCCUUUAUAUUAUGUAGUUUUAUUCAUGUUAAUUUUCUUCCCUCUUACAUGUUUUUGUAUUCUUUUUUGCUUUUUCCCUCUGUAAUUUUUUACCUGUCUAGGAGUGUAUCAUUUUCAUAUUACAAUUUUUGGUUUCUCUGGUUAUGUGUUUCCUAUGCAGUACCAGAGCUGAAUCUAAUUAGAAAUGAAGUUGAAUGAAGUUCCUAUGUUGAGCUUCCAGAAUGUGUUUUUCUGGGUACAUAAUAUACCUCCUUAACACUUCUGGGUAUAGUUUAUGUUUUGCUCUUCUAUAUAUUUUUCCAUUCAGUUUGGUGAUAUAAAAAAUUUUUUAGAAG